UUGCUCAUCUGAAUGUAGUGGCAACAUGAAACUGCGUUGCGUGUAAAAAUGGAUGCGCUAUUCUUGGUUGGAAUAUUGGCGUUUCUGCCUUUACCUUCUUCGGAGGGUUUCCUUAUUGCUCACGUCCACAAAGGGCUGUGUCUGUUAAACAAUAUUGUGCUGGUGAAGUUGGGGACGUGCAAUGCGACGAGUCCCAGUCAACAGUGGAAGUGGACACAGGAAGACAAGCUUCUCCACGUCCACUCGUCCAGGUGCUUGUGGGCAGACAUCUCCAGCUCCCUGCCCAGCCACGCUCGCUUGGCCUCCCUUGGUAACUGUUCUGCCGCACCGAGCUGGAGCUCCUGCGAGGCGGCGGGUCUUCUCGGGGUAGCAGACAGCCCUCUCUACCUGAAGAAACAGGGACCGCGUGUCGUCGUGAAGACCGGAAAGAGGUAUUCAAACUGGACCAAGUACGAGGUCGACCCCGGGGGAAAGGUGGUCACCGGGAGUCUGUGCGCAAAGAAAGGUCCUGUCAAACUAGAAACUAUCACAGAAUUUCUCCCAAGUACAGCUAAAAGUUAUAUAAGCACUGUAGCAGCCACAAGCACUAUUGUAGCUACAAGCACCAUUACAGCUGCAGCUACAACCACGAAAGCCCCAGACACAAGUACUAUUACAAACAAAAGAACAAAAGCAGCCACAAGUACAAGUGCAGCCACAAGCACUGUUGCACCCACAACCACUAUUGCAGCUGCAAGCACGCUUGCAGCUGCACCUACAACCACGAAAGCCUCAGUCACAAGUACUAUUAAAACCAAAAGCACAAGAGUAGCCACAAGUACAAGCGCAGCCACAAGCACUAUUGCAGCUACAAGCACAAUUGAAAGUGCAGCUACAACCGUGAAAGCCCCAGUCACAAGUACAAUUAAAACCAAAAACAUAGGAACAAGUUCAGCUACAAGAACUGUUGCAGCCACAAAUACUAUUGCAACCACAAGCACAUUUGCAGCCACAAGUAGAAGUCCUAUUGGAGCUACAAGUGCAACUGCAAAUACUACUGCAGCCACAAGAACAAUUUCAGUCACAACCACAAGCACAAAAGCAGCCACUAGUACUAAUGCAGCUACAAAUUCAAGUUCAGCUGCAAAUACUAUUGCGGCCACAAGCUCUGGUAGUGUGACAAGCACUGACACAGCUGCAAGCACUGUUAUAGCUGCAAGCACUGACACAGCUGCAAGCACUAUUAUAGCUGCAAGCACUGUCACUGGUGCAAGCACUGACACAGCUGCAAGCACUAUUAUAGCUGCAGCCACUGUCACAGGUGCAAUCACUGUCACAGGUGCAAGCACUGACUCAGCUGCAAGCACUAUUAUAGCUGCAAGCACUGUCACAGGUGCAAGCACUAUUAUAGCUGCAAGCACUGUCACAGCUGCAAGCACAUGUAUAGCUGCAAGCACCAUCACAGGUGCAGGCACUGUCACAGCUGUGGCAAUGAGCACUAGUACAAUUACAAACUCCAGUACAACUGCAAGCACAAAUAAAAUUAUAAAGAUCCUGAAAUCCCUUUUUGCUUCUAACACUGAAACAGUCGCUCCCAGCACCCCUGAAAACCCCACAGUAUUCAGCACUAAAACAGAUCCUCUCCAUGGGCUGACUUCGACCCAAACUACAGGAGCACCUUUGUCAACUACAGACUACACCUCAGACACCACCUACACAACUGAACAGUAUACCACUGCUGAUCCUGUGAAAUGCACCGUUAAUCUGACUGAGACUAGAAUCGCCACAGAUUCCGUCUUCUUCCAGUGGACGAGUGCUGGAAGGUCAUGCAAUUUCAGUGUCAUACACACCUGUAACAAUUCCAGAACUGCAAACUGUGCUCGAACAAUAGGAUACAACGACUCGUAUGAAUGCGAGGUUAGAAAUCUGGAACCUGGAACCGCAUAUGACCUGGGGAUAUUGUCUUCCACGGAUGGAGAGCUGACAAACAUCUCACUUCAGACAGAUCCCAAGGAGCCAGAAAACUUUAACAUCAAUCAGGAGACCCUCAGCAGUACUAGCCUGCAGGUGCAGUGGACAGCGUCUCCCGGCCAUGUGGGCUGGUAUAACGUCAGUCUACUAGGCACAGACACAGGCCAGAAGCAGAGUGUACUGGUCCCAGGGGGUGCCUCCUCAGAAGCCACAUUCACCAGCCUGGUGCCUGGCAGCCGCUACACUGCGAGCAUAACUGCUGUGGCUGGACACAAGACCUCGGCUGCUCUCCGCACUGCCGGAGCUACAGUUCCCUGUGCUGUGCAGAAUCUCCAGCUCUCCAGAGUCCCAGGCGGCCUGUCUGCUUUUUGGCAGCACGGUUUAGGGAAGGUGGACAGAUACAGAGUGCUGCUGAAGGAUAACAAGAGUGUGGUUCUGAACUUGACUCUGGAGAGAAGUGCCACCACCUAUACCUUCCCAGGACUGACCUCGGGACACCUCUAUAAUCUCACUGUAAUCACAGAGGCCUCGGGACUGCACAAUGAAUCCUUCAAACUGGCCAGGACAGCACCAGCUAAAGUCUCAGAUCUGAAAGUUUCAAACAAUGGCAGCCUGGAUACCUUAACUGCUACCUGGAGCAGAGCAGCAGGAGAUGUGGAGUCCUACACUGUGACGCUGUCGGACAACAGUGCGGCCCCACAAGGGAGGAGCCUGCCUCCAGGCACCUCCCAAGCUGUGUUCAGUGGAUUAGUAUCUGGGCGCCUUUAUCAAGUCACUGUUAGCACCAGAAGCGGUGAAUUACAAAGUGAGGUAGUGGCCACAAGCAGAACUGUCCCUCAGAAAGUUUCCCAAUUGGAGCUACGGGCUCUUCAGGGGUGGCAGAAUGCUCUGAGAGUGACGUGGGCUCCUCCUGCUGGUGAAUGGGAGAACUACCGUAUUCUGCUGCUCAACAACUCCGUUGCCAUAGUGAACAGCACAGUGGACAAGAACACAAGACAGUACGAGAUGAGAAACUUGGGCCUCAUCCCGGGGCGGCUCUACCAGGCAACGGUUAUUGUGGAGAGCGGAAACCUGAAGAGCAUUGCUAAGUGUGAAGGCAGAACAGCUCCCCACCCUGUCCUGCAGCUCAGUGUCAAGCAUGCUGACGAGACGUCUCUGAGCGUGACGUGGGCCACCCCCAGAGCAGAGUGGGACGGGUACCUGGUCACCCUGAAGCACAGGGACAGCACGGUGAUAGAAACGAAUCUACAGAAACACCUGAAGGAAUACACCUUCAGUGAUCUGGUACCAGGAAGGAAAUACACAGUCCUUGUGACAACCAACAGCGGGGAACUGAGCAACUGGACAUCAGUGGAGGGGAGAACAGUUCCAUCUCAAGUCACCAACCUGACCAUCAGCAACCAGGGCACAACGGACAGCCUGCACGCCACGUGGGCACGGGCGCGGGGCGACAUCGAGUCCUACCGGGUCCUGCUCAUCCACGAGAGCAUCGUUAUCAAGAACGAGAGUGUGUCGGCAGACACCACCAGCUACCACUUCCACUCCCUCAAACCAGGCAGCCUCUACGGGGUGGUCGUCACUACUGUCAGCGGGGUCAUCCCCUCUCGGCAGACUGUGGCAGAGGGAAGGACAGUUCCCUCUGCAGUGGGUGAAGUCACAGUGAGUAACAAUGGGAGGACUGAUUUCCUCAGUGUCUCGUGGCAGCCGGCCUCUGGGGAUGUGGACAGUUACCUGGUGACCCUGAGCAACCAUGAGAGAGCUGUGCACACCGUCACGGUGUCUAAAACCAACAGCAAGUGUGACUUCAGCUCCCUGAUCCCGGGGCACCUCUACAACAUCUCCAUCACCACACGCAGCGGGAUCUAUGAGAACCACACCUUCGUGCAGGAGCGCACUCGGCCUUCCAAGGUACAAUAUUUGAGAGCCAGCAACUCUGCAAGAAGCGACUACCUCAUAGUGUCCUGGCACAACGCGACAGGGGACUUCGACAAUUACCAAGUGAUCAUUAAGAGCAGCAAUGACUUCAUUCAGACCACUACCAUCCCCAAGUCUCAGAACGAGUGUGUGUUCCAUUCCCUGGUCCCUGGGAGACUGUACAUCAUCACUGUCAGCAAGAGAAGCGGGAAGUACGAGGCGAGCGAAACAACCAACGCACGAACGUUCCCAGCCGCAGUGAGGAUGCUGACUCUGGCAGACAGGCACACCGAGGAUCUGCGGGUCACCUGGUCCCCUGCUCCCGGGGACGUGGAUCGAUACGAGAUCCAGCUCCUCUUCAAUGACAUGACGGUGUUCCCUUCGAUAACGCUGAGCAACACUGCCAGGGAGUACCAGUUCACCUCGCUCGUGCCGGGGCGGCUCUACAAGAUCGUGGUGCUGUCCUUCAGCGGGGAUCAGCAGCGCUCAGAGUUCGUUGAGGGUCGUACAGUCCCCAGCAUGGUGAAGAACAUCCUGGUCUCCAACAAUGGGGAGAUGAACAGUCUGAAGAUCAACUGGACGCCCGGGGGAGGGGAUGUAGACAGCUACACCGUGACCCUCUUCCAGCAGAGCCGGCUGAUCUCCUCACACACCGUCCCCAAGCUGGUGCUUGAGCACAGCUUCCACCAGCUGCAGGCAGGCGAGCUAUACAACAUCAUGGUCCAGUCCAACAGCGGCCAUCUGCACAACAACAACACAGCCCCCGGGAGGACUGUUCCAGCCUCUGUGACGGGCCUGGUCGCCGAUAACAAGCACACCAGUUGCAGCCUGGUUGUGAGCUGGCAGGCUGCUGCAGGAGUGGCGGAGGGAUACAAGCUGGAGCUGCUUCACGAGGAAAAAAGCCUCAUCGCCAACAGUUCCGUGUCUGCCUCUGCCCGGCAGCACAGGUUCAAUGAGCUGACCCCUGGCAAGAAGUACCAGGUCCGAGUGAUCACUGUCAGUGGUAUGCUGUACAGCAAGGGGGCGCUUACCGAAGGAAGAACAGUUCCAGCAGCGGUCAGUGGGUUAAUGAUCACCGGGAAUGGCACAGAGAGCUUGUCUUUUGGCUGGGAGACCUCCGAGGGACAGUUCGAUGCCUACGAAAUAUUCCUGUACAACCCUGACGACACUCUUCAUGACCGCAAAUCUGGGACAGCCAGCCUGAGGCAGUGCUUAUUCCAUGGGCUGCUGCCAGGGAGAAUGUACAAGAUGGCAAUCGUGACGCGCAGCGGGGAUCUGACCAAUGAGACCUCCAUUCAUGGAAGGACAGUCCCAGCCCCAGUGACCGGACUGCACGGUCUGAACAAAAACCAGAGCGACAGCCUGUGGUUCACCUGGAACCAGGCUGCAGGAGACCUCUCCGGAUACGAGAUAUCCCUGCACAACCCUAAUGGAACACUGCAGGACCAGCUCCAUGGCAACAAAGCCCUGCGAGAGUGCCUGUUCCAGCACCUGAUCCCGGGGAGGCUGUACACAUUGGUCAUAGCCACCAAGAGCGGCUAUCUCACCAACAAAGCCACCGCAGAGGCAAGGACAGCCCCACGGCCACCCAAGUCCGUGUCAUUUGCGGACGUCACAAACACGUCGCUGGAGAUCUCGUGGACAGCCCCAGAAGACACCGAUUACGAGGACUUUGAGCUGCAGUGUUCUCCCCAGGAUCCCCUCUCCGUGAUCAAUCCUUACCAGAUCGGCAGGUCCGGGAGCCGCAUCCUCCGAGGGCUCUACCCGGGGCGGCUCUACAACAUCAGCGUGCGCACAGUCAGCGGAACCCCCCAGACAAACAGGGCCUACAGCCAGCCCAUCUACGAAGCCAUACGAACAAAACCCGAACGCAUUCAGCACAUCCACUGCCGGCCCCAGAACUCCACGGCCAUCUCCUGCUCCUGGAGCCCCCCUCAGUCAGACUACGACGGCUACAGCAUCGAGUGCUACCACCAGGGCUCCCGCGAGCUGGUGUACUCGCGACGUACCGGCAAGGACAGCUCGCCCUACAACAUCGCCAGGCUGGAGCCACACAAGCGCUACAUCGUCUCCGUCAAGGUGCUGUCCGACAAGAUGGUCAGCAGAGCGGUGGAAGACAGCGUAAUAACCAUGAUUGACCGUCCUCCCCUCCCACCAGACAGCAUGCGAGUGAAUGAAAAGGCGGUGAAGAUCACCAAGUCCACAAUCUUCUUCAAGUUUAACUGCAGCUGGUUCAGCGACGUCAACGGGGCGGUGAAGUACUUCACUGUGAUAGUGAGCGAGGCAGACGGCGUUGAACAUGUACAGCUGGGUCAGCACCACCCCUUGCCCUCAUACACAGACUACAAGCUCAACGCUUCCAUUAAAGCCUACCAGACCAAUUUCUUUGCCAGCCGUUGCGCUGAAAACCCUGACAACAGCAUCCAGAGCUUUGAGAUAAAUGUGGGGACAGGGCUUGAGAGCCUCGGAGGGAAGUGCGAGCCACAGCAGCAGAGGUUCUGCGACGGGCCUCUCAAACCCAGGACUGCCUACAGGAUCAGCAUUCGAGCAUUCACGCAGCUUUUUGACGGGGAACAAAAGGAGUUCGCCCAGCCCCUCUUUACAGACACCCAUUUCUCUGAGCCCAUAACCACUGAGUCAGAGCCGCUAAUAGGCGUUGUAGAGGGGAUCAGUGCUGGCUUGUUCCUGAUUGUGAUGAUGAUUGGUGUGUCUGUUCUGUUGAUUUGUCGUCAAAAAGCAAGAAAAAUAAAUAUGCAAGAAAGGCCAAGAAUGAGUGCCCGAAGAGAGAGACCAGCGUCGGUCAGUAUGCAUGUGGGAGUGAAAGGUAAUCGACGCAUCUCAAGCCCCAUCACAAUCUCCCAGUUUGAAAGCCAUUUCACCAAACUGCAGGCUGAUUCCAACUACCUUCUUUCAGAGGAGUACGAGGAGCUAAAAGAUGUUGGUCGAAACCAAUCCCUUGACACAGCACUUUUACCUGAGAACAGAGGGAAAAAUCGUUACAACAAUAUACUGCCCUACGACACAACCCGGGUGAAACUUUCCUACGUGGACGACGAUCCCUGCUCUGACUACAUCAACGCCAGUUACAUUCCUGGCUGCAACUCUCGAAGAGAAUACAUCGCCACACAGGGGCCUCUGCCUGGCACAAAAGAUGACUUCUGGAAAAUGGUGUGGGAGCAAAACGUCCACAAUAUCGUCAUGGUGACCCAGUGUUUAGAGAAGGGAAGGGUGAAGUGUGAUCACUACUGGCCUUUCGAUCAGGAUCCCUUGUAUUACGGAGAUCUCAUCGUCCAGAUGUUGUCGGAGUCUGUCUUACCCGAGUGGACCAUCCGCGAGUUCAAGAUCUGCAGUGAGGACCAGGUGAACGUCAGCAGGGUGGUUCGUCAUUUCCACUACACGGUGUGGCCGGAUCACGGCGUCCCUGAGACUACCCAGUCUCUGAUCCAGUUUGUCCGGACUGUGAGGGAUUACAUCAACCGCACCCCGGGCUCCGGAGCUACUGUGGUGCACUGCAGUGCCGGUGUGGGAAGGACAGGCACGUUCAUCUCCUUGGACAGGGUCCUGCAGCAGCUCGACUCCAAGGACACCGUGGAUAUUUAUGGUUCUGUCUCUGAACUGAGACUUCACAGAGCUCACAUGGUGCAGACGGAGUGCCAGUAUGCAUAUUUACACCAGUGCGUCAGAGAUGUCUUGAGAGCAAGGAAACUACGGAACGACCAGGAAAACCCGCUGUAUCCCAUCUAUGAAAAUGUCAAUCCUGAGUAUCACAGAGACAUGGUGUACGCAAGACGUUAAGGAGUGGACAGCCAGCCUCCCUUUUGAAUGAAAGAAAGAAAAAAAAACUUUUUGAUGCGGUUUUCCCAGUCCACGCACUUCAGAGUUACAAGGCAAUUGUUUUUUUUUCUUUUUUUUGUGUAUAGAUUAUUACUUGCCUGGUGGUCUUUAUAAAAGAUUUCAGGUUAUUUAAGGUUAAUAGAUAUUAUUGUAUAUACUUGCAUAAAUGGAAUAUAGAUUUAUGUAAAUAUGUAUUUUUUCAUAUUGUUAAUAGCCUUUGGAUAUUACUUUCGUACUGAAGUUGUGUUUACUGUACCAAAUAAGCUAUUAUAAUCUUUUCUACAUAAUUGUUAGAGCUACCGAGAACAACGGUUAAAGGCACUUAUAUUAGGUUAUUCUGUGGCUUUCAUUUUAUAAAGGAAUACAACUGCUAUUCCUGUGUGGUGAACUCUCCUGUCAUCACAGCAGGUUCUGAAAGUGGAAGUGAUGAAACAACGAUCAUAAGUUUGAUGUUUGCCUGUUAAAACAUCUAAAACGUCAGGGAGGGUUAUAUUUUUGGUAUUUCAAUAUAUUUAGAUCUGCCACUGCAAGUUGAUUAAAACCCUAGCAUUUAAAAUGUAGAAUUGCACCAACUAAUUCAGCGUUUAGAAUUGCAACAGCUAAUUCAGCAUUUAGAAUUGCAACAGCUAAUUCAGCAUUUAGAAUUGCAACAACUAUUUCAGCAUUUAGAAUUGCAACAGCUCUAUGUGUUGCUGUGUUCUUGCACUUUGACUUUAGUAGGAUAGAGAGCAGCCCUUUUCAUUGCAGAAGAAUGCACCUGUGGGAGGUUUUCAGCCCCACAGCUUCACACAGAAAAGGUUCUUAUUUUGCUCGAUUGGCUGAAUAAUCACGUUAGAGUUCUCCAUUUCAGAUUUCAUGGCAGACAGCCGAUGGAUUUAGCUAUUAAAUUACCCACGCGUUUCAAAUGGGUGAAGAAAGCACUUUGUAUUACCCCUGUUGAAAUCAUAUUAUUGAAAAUAAUGCGGCUAAGCCAUUUACUGUUACUCCUAUUACUGUUACCCUUCUCCAAAAUGCACUUCAGAUGAAUUCACUGCAUAUAUAAUCCCCCAGUGUUGAACCUGCAGGCAGAACAAGAUUUAUAUAUGACCUCACCUCAGAGGAGAGACUGGGAUUACUCCCUGCUAGAUUAUGUAGGACAUAGAUCACGGAAAAGUAAUUUCCCAUUAUUUUCCAUUAUUUUCUCGGGGAAGGGGGUUGUUUUGUUUUUUUCUAUUUGAAAUGGAAUUAGGGAGGACCGUAUAAAGCCGUGUGGUAAAUUCCUGAAACUUUUAACUUCGUUUUUUUUCAUUAAGUGUGUCAUCCACAGAUCUUUAGCAGGAUUGUAAUGCUUUCUUUAAUCUCAGUGAGAUUCAGGAUAUCAAACACAACUACCACAUGAGCAAAGCCUGAAGGUUAAACACGUGUAGAAGAGCAAUUUUAGGGUUUCCAUUCAAAUAAAAAAUCUCGGGUGCUAGAAAUGAUUGCUUCCCUUUUUUUAUAAAGAAGAUGCAAUGCAUGAGCAUAAAGGUUGCUAAGCAACUAUACACUAAAUAUCUAAACAAUCCCAAUUCUCAUGAAGAUGUUCAUACUGUAAAUAAAACACAGGAGACAACAGAGGCAUUCAGGACUGAGUUCUAAACACGUCACAAAACUUCUUCAAGAUCGCAUUUACUGUAUUGAUGUUAAUGUUAAUGUCUAGAUAUUUCUUUAACAGCUGUGAGCACUUAAAAAAAAAAAAACAUUGUUUAUCUGUGUUGUUGUUUUCAAGCUCUAGCAAUGAUGUUAUUUGUAAAGAGCAAGUGAAAUUAUGCCCUUUUAAUGUAAUCAAGCAUGCAGCCAUAUCUAUCGACUGGUAUCAGCUUUUAACAGAGUUAUAUACCUUAUAGGAUAGUUAUAUGUUUUUAAACACAAAGUAAUAUUUUCAGUAAAGAUAUGAUGAAUGAUAUCAUGCUUACUGAAUGCUGUAAAAUGUGUCUCUCUGAAGAGUAAUAAUAUAAAUAUUGGUGGGUUUAGUAUAUACAGCAACACAUGUGCACACAAAAUGCACAGAUGUUUAAAUGAAAUGUAACACAGUUUGGGGUAAAUGUAGCAUAUGAAGUGUACUAUGAGUGUAGUCAUAUUCGUAGCAUACAAUUCUGGACAUGGUCUACUUAUAAGGGUAUUUGCACAGACAUAGAUCAAUACUAAUCUGAGACUACCUUAGUCAGGGGCAGGGUUGAAAAGGCCGUGUUUCAUAAGAUUGGUUUUUACUGUUAUUUCCAAACUUUAACCAGUUCUAUUUGGUGAUUUCUUUUUCCACCCAGGAACUGAGAACAUAAAGAUUAUUUUGCCUGUCUUCACUGCUGUUUUGUGUUUGCCUCGAAAUUAUAAUAUGUUAAAAUGUUGCCUUUGCAGAUAUAAAACAUACAUUUCAUGUCGGAUUUAGGAGGCUUCCACGUGGUUUCCUGUUAAAACAAUCUAUGUAUGUUACAUAAUAAAUAAUAUUAACUGUCCUUGAUAUGUUCUGUGAAUAUAUUCAAAUAAAGCUCAGAUAAUAACA